GUUCUGCUCUGCUCACUGUCCCUCAGUCAUCUGUCCCUCACCCAGCCUGUCAGUCACGUCCACCUCAUCAACUCCAUUCACCUGCACUCACCUGCUCCUGAUCACUGAGAAAGUGUCAGUAAAUAACAUGUGGACUGAGGCCGAGCACUCGUCCUCCUCAGGUUUUCAAAAUAAGACACAUUCUUAUUGAAACACGUUGGACAGUUGAUAAGUAUAGAAACAAACAGGAAGUGACCUCAGGAGCCGUCUCUACUUUAAACAGUGUUUAAUUAAGCAAACCUGCUCAGUGACCAACACACAGAGAAGAAGCUGAUGAAUGAAACAAUGGUCCAACAUGUCUGAUCUGAUAUUUAUCUUCAGGUCACAGACUUGACUGAGGUCAGCAGCAUGUUGAAAGUCUGUGUUGACAUGAUGACGAUCCAAAACAACAGGAGGACGCAUUCUAAUAUUCAUAUUUCUUUAUCCAGGUUGAAGAACUGCAGACUGUCAGAGAUCAGCUGUUCUUCUCUGGCUUCAGCUCUGAGGUCAAACCCCUCUCAUCUGAGAGAACUGGAUCUGAGAGGCAACAGGCUACAGGACUCAGGAGUGAAGGAGCUGUGUGGUUUUCUACAGAGUCCAACCUGUCGACUGGAGACUCUGAGGCUGGACAGCUGCAGUCUGUCAGAGAUCAGCUGUUCUUCUCUGGCUUCAGCUCUGAGGUCAAACCCCUCUCAUCUGAGAAAACUGGAUCUGAGUUACAACAACCUGCAGGAUUCAGCAGUGAAGGAGCUGUGUGGUUUUCUACAGAGUCCAACCUGUCGACUGGAGACUCUGAGGCUGAAUGGCUGCAGUCUGACAGAGAUCAGCUGUUCUUCUCUGGCUUCAGCUCUGAAGUCAAACCCCUCUCAUCUGAGAAAACUGGAUCUGAGUGGAACCAACCUGCGGGACUCAGGAGUGAAGGAGCUGUGUGGUUUUCUACAGAGUCCAACCUGUCGACUGGAGACUCUGAGGUCAGUUCACUGACUGACUUUUGUAGAUAUCAUAUCUAUAAAACAGCAUUUA